AUGUCUUAAAAUAUAUUAAAAGACAUACUUGAACUGUUAGAAGGACCCUCUUCAGACUCUUUCAAAGACUUGGAUGCCCAAUUGCUGUAUAUCAAAGGUGCCAUACUCCAAAAUUUACAGAAUCAAGAUUAUCAGGAACUUGAGAAGUAAGUUUAAAAGUAUGAGAGUGAAAUCAGAAAACAUAUUAGAACUGAACAAUAAAUUAAACUCUAUUGUGAACAACUCUAACAGCAAUUAGAGCAAUUUCAUUAAAAUACUGUGAAUCAGAACCUAAUACACGUAUAACUUCAAUUCAUUUACUAGCAAUUAAAAAAGGAAAUUGCAACGUUAUAAGAGUAAAAAAAGCAUCUAAUGGAAGAGAAUACUUUUCUUAAGAAGAAGAUACAAGAAACUAAUGAGACAUAGACUCAAACCAUUUCUAGCAAAUAACCGCUAAAAUUAGUUGAUUUUAUUCGGAAACAAAAACUGCCCUUUGACAAAGAAAGUUAUCUCAGUAAUACUAUUGACACUUGCUCAAUUUUAAAAAAAGAAUAAAUCAGAUUAAACUCAAAGACAAUCUCUCAAUAAAUCACUGAAUAGAAUUACGAUCAUAGUAGACAAUUCAUAAAUAAUUUCAAUAUUAUUUGCAACAAAUAAAAAAUUACCUACAAUGCUAACAGAUAGAAGAAGAGUAUUAGCGAACACAAGCAAAUAAAACCUAAGUUAGAUUUAUCUUCAAUAAAUUGAAUUACUAUAUUUGUGUUUGAUCAUUUUCUAAAUUAUAACUAAUAAA